AUGGUACUUACUAGGAGUCAGCAAGAAGGACAGAAUCAGCAAGGAGGAGCCUUUCGUCAGCAAGAGGACACUACACCGAACCCAUCGAUCUCUGAAGUUCUAGCUGAGGAAGGAGGAGAUGAAAGCCUUUUCUCGGAGCAGGGAGAGUCCUCGACUCUACAAGAAAGGCCAAACACAUAUCAGCAAACUAAGACCCCUGUUGAACGAGAUUGUACUUCAAGUCAAAGCCCUUUCAUUCAGCCUAUUCUGGAAGCAAAAUUACCUGAGAACUGGAGAGGCUUAACAUUGGAGAAGUAUGAUGGGACAUCCAAUCCUGAGGAACACUUGGAUAUUUUUACAACUCAAGUCGGCCUAUAUACAGAAAAUGAUACUUUAUUAUGCAGAAUAUUUUUGACUUCGCUUUGUGGGCCAGCCCUCAACUGGUUUACCAAGUUAUCCCCUUCGUCCAUUGAUUCGUUUGCAACGCUUACCAAACGAUUCAGUUUACAGUUUGCCACAAGCCGCCCCCACCCUUUGACGUCUUUGGCGUUAGUUAACAUCCGUCAAGAAAAGAAAGAGACACUUAGAGCAUUCAUAGAGCGCUUCAGUAAAGUAGCCCUCUUAAUCCACAAUUUGGAGUCCGCAGUUGCAAUGCACCACCUCAUAAUAACCUUGAGACCGAGACCUUUUGUCAACAACAUAUGUAAAAAACCACCUGUUGAUCUGGACGAAUUAAGAAGUUGGGCCGCUAAGUAUAUGCAGAUGGAAGAAUUAGCCGAAUACUGA